AUGGCGGCUACAGACUUUGGGGCCAAGCAUAUCCUGGCCGCAGCAGAAAGGAUUCGCCCCUACGUGAAAAAUACGCCAAUUUUCACCUCGGAAAAUUUGAAUGCCCUCGGAAAGUGUCGGCUGUUUUUUAAGGCCGAGCACUUGCAGAAAACCGGCUCGUUCAAGGCACGCGGUGCUUGUAAUGCCGUGCAGAUAUUGGUGGAAAACGGGCAGACCAGUGGAGUGGUAACCCAUUCCUCGGGCAAUCACGGCCAGGGUCUGUCUUACGCAGCCAAGGCAGCCGGUAUCCCAUGUACCGUCGUCGUCCCAAAAAAUGCGCCCCCAUCCAAGCUAGAAGGAAUGCGGGCUUAUGGGGCCGAGAUUGUGCUGUGCGAGCCGACGAUGAAGAGUCGAGUAGAAACUAGCAACAAGGUUGCAAAAGAUCUCAACCGUACAAUCGUCCCCCCGUUCGAUGAUCACAUAAUCAUGGCCGGGCAGGGUACCAUAGCCGUCGAGAUGCUGGAACAGCUGCCGGAGCUGGAUGCCGUGUUUUUGGCUGUUGGUGGGGGUGGACUGGCUUCCGGGGUGGCGGCCUACAUCAAGCAGACGAAGCCGGAAAUUGCAGUAUACCUUGUGGAGCCAGAGGGCAAAGGCCUGCAAAGAUACCUUGAUGGCGGCCACCUUCGUGAAGAUAUCGACUCGUUAAAUACGGUAGCUGAUGGGAUUCGAGUGCUCCGCGUGGGAGACGGCCCAUUUCCGGUGCUCCAGAGGUAUUGCCGGGAAUCGAUCAUCUCUGUGACGGAAGAGCAAAUCAAAGAGGCCGUGACGCUGAUUUGGACUCGUUUAAAGCAACGAGUAGAACCAACGGCUGGCGUCCCUUUGGCCGGCCUUUUGAAGAUGGCUCGUUCAGAAGGCUUCAAACUACAGGACAAAAACGUGGCCAUCAUCCUGUGCGGCGGGAACUGCGACGUCGACUUCUUGCCUGUC